AGUGGAGCGGUAUAAAGCCGACAGCUUAUUGCCUAAUCUCUCCAAAGUGACAGAGAGAAAUCAACGGCGAAAAGUGUCGGUACGAGAACACGCGUCCCUCGCCGGAGAUUUUGGGGCCCAACGCCACCGUACUUUAGGAAACCCCAUUGAUUAAGCCUCUGCUCACGUUAAAAGCCACGCCCUCUUCGACCUAAAAAUAGCAUCCCACCGCCGGUGAUGGAAGGAUAGUCGUCAUUAUCUUCAACACUUCUCUUCUCUCUGCCCCUUUUUGUCUUCUUUCUAGCUAUCGGCCAAAAUCGGUUUUAAUAUUUACAGCGGUGAGUGAGGGGGCGGUCAUAAUGACAGUUUCGUGUUUUGUUGGGAGGAUAUAAUGUACUCGGAGCUUGGGAGGACGCAAAUGGCUUCUUCGAUGUCAAAGAGCAGGGGCAAAACGGCGGUUUUCUCCGAUGCUUUUCUGUGCACCGGCGGGACUCUUGUGGCGUUUGUUUUGGUGUGGGGGGUUUGGGCUUUCGUUGCCCCAAAUCCCAGUUUUAACGGGGGGUUUCCAUCUCUCGCCGGGAAAAUUUCCGGCGGCGGGGAGGAGUGCUCUUACAAGCAGGGUUUUAACCUAGGCGACGACCCGCCGGAGAAGAAUUUCUACGACGACCCGGAUUUGAGGUAUACCAUUGAGAAGCCGGUGAAGAAUUGGGACGAGAAGAGGAAGGCGUGGCUAGAGCAACACCCGUCGUUCAUCCCGGGGGCUGCGAACCGGGUUCUGGUGGUGACCGGUUCACAAGCGACGCAGUGUAAGAACCAGAUCGGCGACCAUUUGCUCCUCCGCCUCUUCAAGAACAAGGUGGACUACUGCCGCCUCCACGGCUACGAUAUCUUCUACAACACCGUGCUUCUGCAACCCAAGAUGUUCUCUUACUGGGCCAAAGUCCCGACGGUCCGCGCCGCCAUGCUGGCCCACCCGGAAGCCGAGUGGAUCUGGUGGGUCGACUCCGACGCCGCCUUCACCGACAUGGACUUCAAGCUCCCCCUCCACCGCUACAAAAACCACAACCUCGUCGUCCACGGCUGGCUCAACAUGAUCUUCGAGAAGAAGAGCUGGACCAGCGUUAACGCCGGCGUCUUUCUCAUCCGGAAUUGCCAGUGGGCCAUGGAUUUCAUGGACGUGUGGGCCAGCAUGGGCCCACAGUCCCCACAAUACGAUCACUGGGGAAACACUCUCCGGAGAACCUUCAAGGACAAGAUAUUCCCGGAAUCGGACGACCAAUCCGGCCUGAUUUACCUAAUCUUAAAGGAACAGGAAAAAUGGGGAAACAAAAUCUACGUGGAGAGCGAUUACUACUUCGAGGGAUACUGGGUGGAAAUCGUGGGGAAACUGGAUAACAUCACCGACAUGUAUUUAGGGAUCGAGAAGACGGCGGCGGGGGAGAAGCUGCGGCGGCGCCACGCCGAGAAGGUGAGUGAGAGCUACGCCGAGAAGUGGAAGGAGCACCUCAGAAACGCCGGGCAAGGGAGGAGUGGUUGGAGACGGCCGUUCAUCACGCACUUCACCGGCUGCCAGCCCUGCAGCGGCGACCACAACGAGAUGUACUCCGGCGAGACCUGCGCCGAUGCCAUGCACAAAGCUUUGAACUUCGCCGAUAACCAGGUGCUUCGGAACUACGGGUUCAUGCACAGGGAUCUUCUGGACACCGCCUCCGUCGUCCCAUUGCCGUAUGAUUUUCCCAAUUAAACUUCUCCGAUCCGGCAGGAUUUGUACUUUGUUAGCAUAAAACUAAGCAUGAUAUGAUGAUUAAUCAAAUCAAAUAUUAUAUAUGUAAGGAACAUAGAUGCUUGCUAGGGUAUUUAAUUUACUUCUUGCUGUUCUUCCUUAAAUCUUAAUCCCAUUUUCUGUUCAAUGAAAACUCCAUUUCAGCACAUGUUUCCCUGAGAAUUUGGAAGUGAGAAUCUGUUAAUCCAA